GAUAAAUAAAGCGCGCACACGCGGUUUUGUAGAGGCGCUUCUGAGGGAGGAAGACAGCAGCCACUGACCUCAACACAGCAGUCAGACAGCAUCAUGGGAGGAGCAGUGGUAGAUGACGGGCCUCCUGGGGUGAAGGCACCAGACGGCGGAUGGGGUUGGGCAGUGUUGGCUGGCUGCUUCAUCAUCACUGGCUUCUCCUAUGCAUUUCCCAAGGCUGUCAGCGUCUUCUUCAAGGAGCUGAUCCGAGAGUUUGAUGUUGGCUACAGCGACACUGCCUGGAUCUCAUCCAUUCUGCUUGCCAUGCUAUAUGGCACAGGUCCAUUGUGCAGUGUGUUGGUGAACAGGUUUGGUUGUCGACCGGUAAUGAUGGUAGGAGGGCUCUUUGCCUCACUGGGAAUGAUUCUGGCCUCAUUUGCCACCAGCAUCAUGCAUAUCUACCUCUGCACUGGAGUUAUUACAGGUCUGGGUUUGGCAUUAAACUUCCAGCCAUCUCUGAUAAUGCUGAAUCGCUACUUCAGUGAGAAACGUCCUCUGGCCAAUGGCUUGGCCGCAGCAGGCAGCCCUGUGGCACUGUGCUGUCUCUCCCCACUGGGACAGAUUCUCCAGUACCAGUAUGGCUGGAGGGGGGGAUUCCUCAUACUGGGAGGGAUGCUGCUCAACUGCUGUGCCUGUGGUGCCCUCAUGAGGCCUCUGUUGCUUCUUAGGAAGCCCCAGGAGCUGGAUGCUUCAGUGGAGGGGAAGAAAGCCCAGCCAAAGAAGAAACUGUUGGAUUUCAGCGUGUUCAAGGACAGAGGUUUUGUCAUCUAUGCCAUUGCAGCAUCUGUUAUGGUGCUGGGCUUGUUUGUGCCCCCUGUGUUUGUGGUCAACUAUGCUAAAGGCCUCGGCUAUGAGGACACUAAGUCAGCAUUGCUGCUCACCAUCUUGGGAUUUGUUGAUAUGUUUGCUCGGCCUCUGUCAGGGCUCAUAGCAGGCAUGAAGUGUGUACGGCCCAGAGGUGUCUACCUGUUCAGCUUUGCUAUAAUCUUCAAUGGGUGCACUGACAUUAUAGGAUCACAGGCAAAUGACUAUGUAGGUUUGGUGAUCUUCUGUAUCUUCUUUGGUAUGUCUUAUGGCAUGGUGGGAGCGCUACAGUUUGAGGUCCUCAUGGCUAUCGUAGGAACGGAGAAGUUCUCCAGUGCCAUUGGCCUAGUGCUGCUGAUAGAAGCUAUUGCUGUACUAGUGGGACCUCCUGGAGCAGGUCUCCUCUUGGAUGCCACCCAUCAGUACAUGUAUGUCUUCCUUUUGGCGGGCUGCGAGGUCACAUUGUCAGCCUUUGUCAUCACCCUGGGUAACAUCCUUUGCAUGAGAAGGAAACAGGAAGAUCCAGAGGCUAUGAUGGAGAUGGAUGAGACUGCUGCAGAAAAAGAGGGGCUAAACUGUAGGGUGGAAGGUGACGAAGAUGACGAAGGCAAAGAGGGAAAAGAGAAGGGAAAAGUUAGCACUGUGACUGCAGGGGAGGAGAUGGUUGUGAAAGAGAUGGGGGGUGAGGGUAGAGAGGAAAACACAUCAUUAUGAAGAAUAUUAUGAGCAAAUGAGAAAAGACAAAGAGGAGUGGACCAAGAGGAUACACUUAAAAGUACUGUUGUAGUACUGUGGAGUAUGGUACGAAAAGAGGGCUGAUACUACCCUUUUGAUGAAAAUCCCAUUUCAAUAUAAUGUUACAAGGCUGAGAAGAUUCACUGUUAAGAACUGGUUUCCCUUGUUUUGGUUCUAAAACAACAUGUUGAUCAGAUUCUGCACAUCCUGGAGUUAAAUGAGAGUUACCAUAAGAUACAGAGAUAAGACCUAGAUAAGAGAUGAUAACCUCUCCAUACUGCUGUGUACUCAGACACACAUGACAUUUUAGAGGAAAGAAAUGUUGUGUCCCUUUCUCAUAAGUAUUUUUUUUUUUCAGAUAUUUCCUGUUUUCUCCAUUCAGGACUCAAGCUAUUCUACUUCAGGUUUCCUUAAUGACUCAAAAUAGGUUGAUAAAAAACCUUCACUCAAGGUCCACUUGGGAAUACCCCAAGCUCAAGAAUGACUUUUCACACUCAAAUUUCAAAUGUUUGUUUGUUGCACUCUUUUGCUUUAUUUAUUGCAAGUAUGUAUUGACAUUGUUUGUCACAAUAGGACAAUUCACUUUCAAAAACUUGUUGCAGAAAUAAACUUUAAUAUUUCAACAUGCACCCUGGCAGCUGAAUGACAUACUCUAGCUGUACACUCGUUCUAAUUUAAAACAUUUUUCUUUUGUUUAUUCCAUGAUUGCUGUGUGCUACUUUCUGAGACUUCAUCCAGAUGCCUGAUACAUUUAUCUGUAGGACAAUUGAAAAACUUCAUCAUCUGACGAAUUUAUGUCCUAUGGUGUCUUUACUACUCUGUAAAGGUUUGACUUAAUGCUACAACACUGGGAGUUGCUGUCUUGUGUUGGUGUGAUGCCAGAUGAUGUGAUCUAUGUGCCUUCUGUGUAUCUGUUCAAUAUAAUGCUCAACAGACCAACACAAGAGGGCAAGUACAUCACAGGCAUGUAGUGCCUGAUUUUUCCCAAAUAAAUACGUUUUCUGGUGAGAAAAAAAAUACAUAUUUGUACCAUUCAGCAACAUACUUACAUUCACAUGAAAUGUGUCAGCUCCAAGCUUUUUGACAUUAUUUUUGACUGUGCACUACUAGUCGAAUUCCUCAAGUCAUCAGACAGUAGAGCAGAUUUUCCAGCUGUCUAAAUUCGUAUAACCCAUAUGUGCAAAUUAAAGUUCUAUCAACAUGAUCAACUGAUUCAUUCACAGGCGGUAUUAA